AUGGUUCAUUUCCAGCUAUUCCAGGAUAAAGGAGAACAGUUGCCCACGCUGGUCCGAGUGGUGGUGUUUGGAGGAGAUAAGGAGGCAGGGAGGCUGGCGAGGGCGUACAGCGACCUGCAGCAGAAGGAGAGCAAAUGUCCACGACUCACCAAAACGUGCAAACUGCAGUUUUACCUCGUUCCCACCAGAGGGAGGACGACAGGAAGUGCAGGAGGAGGAAACACGACCACUGAGGGGCCGACAGGAAGCUCAAGAUCUGCUGCUUCUGUGGAGUGUAAUGGUGGUGUGUCGGAGGACUCCACUGAUAUCGCCCACAUGCUGGGUCUGAUGGACUCGUGGUACGAGAGGAACGUCCUCAGUCUGCUCAGCCUGUCCUCUGAAGUCCUCUGUCAGCCUGCCUGUAAGGAAGUGAGCAGCACGGAGAACCUGCUGACUGACAUGGUGCUUUAUUACUGUCGACAUGCAGACCAGCCUGUUCUGCUGCAGCUCUACCAGGCAGAGCUGACCCUGGCUGGAGGAGUGAGGAGGAGGGAGGUGUUCCUCCACUCUCUGGAGCUCGGACACUCUGCAGGAAUCAGAGCGGUGAAGGCCAUGGGUGCUGCCAGCAAAAGGUUUGGAAUAGAUAAAGAGCGGGAGGCUGUUCCUUUAGAUCUGCGAGUUGGCUACAACAAGGUGGCUGUCAGUGGGAGGAGUCAGUGGACCCAGACGGAGAUGGUUUGCACGUCAAUAAAUCUUUACAAAGCCUGCAUGAAACCUGAGCAGCUAGAUACAAGAAUAGAAAGUCUGCAGCUGACAAUGACAGAAGUCGUGAAGAGCUCCAAGUCGAAAAAGGGCUACAACCAG